GGUGCGGGUCCCAUCAUAUAUCUCCAGAACCCGUGGCUAGUAUUUUGUCCGAAAAGGUCCCAGCCAAACACCCUCCUAGUGUCACCGGCUACUCCCAACUUGCGCUAUAGAUUCGUCUUCUGAGAGAUGUACUGACUACUACUCGAUCCAUUUCUUGGCAUCAAGGAAGCUCCCAGCAAUGGCGGAUCCAAGCUUCUUCGUCGGAAUCGUAGGGAACGUAAUCUCCAUACUGGUGUUCGCGUCUCCAAUUGGGACUUUCCGGAGGAUCGUGAGGAGCAAGAGCACGGAGGAGUUCAGGUGGCUGCCGUACGUGACCACCCUGCUGUGCACAUCCCUCUGGACGUUCUACGGCCUCCUCAAGCCCGGCGGCCUCCUCAUCGUCACCGUCAACGGCGCCGGCGCCGCCCUCGAGGCCGUCUACGUCGCGCUCUACCUCGCCUACGCCCCCAGGGAGACCAAGGCGAAGAUGGGGAAGGUGGUGCUGGCCGUGAACGUGGGCGCGCUCGCGGCGGUCGUGGCGGUGGCGCUGACGGCGCUGCACGGCGGCGUCCGGCUGUUCGUGGUCGGGGUGCUGUGCGCCGCGCUCACCAUCGGCAUGUACGCCGCGCCGAUGGCUGCCAUGAGGACAGUGGUGAAGACGAGGAGCGUGGAGUACAUGCCCUUCUCCCUGUCCUUCUUCCUCUUCCUCAACGGCGGCGUCUGGAGCGUCUACUCCUUGCUCGUCAAGGACUUCUUCAUCGGAGUUCCGAACGCCAUUGGGUUCGCGCUGGGCACGGCGCAGCUGGCGCUGUACAUGGCGUACCGGAGGAAGAAGCCGGCGGCGGCGAGGAAAGGGGAGGAGGACGAGGAGGAGGCGCAGGGGGUGGCGCGGCUGAUCGGGCAGGUGGAGAUGGCGCAGCGGAGGGUGCAGCUGCACAAGGGGCUGAGCCUGCCCAAGCCGGCGGCGCCGCGCCACGGCGGCCUCGACCACAUUAUGAAGUCCUUCUCCACCACCCCCGUCGAGCUCCACUCCAUCCUGCACCAGCACCACGGCGGCGCCGGCGCCCACCACCACCACCGCCGCUUCGACAGCGUCCCCGACGACGAGGAGGAGGCCGCCGGGCACGACGUCGCCGGCUACGACAGCCGAUCCAAGAGAUAAAGAUGUAGCGCUCACGGUAUAGCACGCAACGCGUUUAUGCAUUCGUGUGUUUGGGAGAAAGAAAAAAAAAAGAAAAGGUUUCCUCUGCUGUGCUUACGUGAUUUUGGGCCGCAAAUUACGGUCCAUGGCCAAUGCAACGUAUGUGAUAGCGA